AUGACGGCUAAAUUCUUAUUGGUCCAUCAUCUCCAAGAGGACGAACAGAUCUUCCCAUUCUACAGGAAGCAUCUAAAGGAGCCGAGCGCCUUGGAACAGGAGGGACAUGAUCAUGAGGAGGUAUCGAAAUUAUUGGACAAUUUGGAAAAGGAUCUGAAAAAAAAUAAGCUCGAUGAGGCGCAGAAAACCUGUGGCACUAUAGCAGGAAUGAUGUGCGACCUUGUUAAUGGGCAUCUUGCGAGAGAGGAGAGGAUACUAGUUCCGGAAGCCUUUAGGGAACAUGCUACCCAGAAGGAAGUUCGUGACCUAUCCGCCCGCGUCCACGAUAUGAUCCAGGAUAACAUGGACAGAACUGAGAGUCUCGUCUUCAUGAUUUACAACAUGAAUGAUGAGGAGAAGGCUUUCUUCGAUGAGAGGAUGCCUUGGAUCCUCACCUAUUGGAUCUUCCCUAGAGCAGCCAAUAAGAAGGUUGAAGUGUUCGGUCACUGUGCAUAUCCUCGUUAUUCAAGCCCCGGCAAGUUGGCGUGGUACGGCAAAUGCCCACCAGUUCCUGCCGAGCUUCCUGCUAACCUCCGAUAA